GAUGUUCCUUGUAUUGUUAGUGAUGAUGUUCCUGAUGUUCUGCUGCCUCUCCUCCUCUUCCUCUCUCAGGAUGAAGAUGAUCUCCAGGAUCCUGCUGCUCCUCAUCCUCAGCUCAUGUCUCUGUGCAGCAACAUUUGUAGUGAAUGUGACACAGAGCAGCUAUCAGGCAGAGGAGAACCACAGCAUCACUCUGGAGUGGACCUUCACCACCAAGACUCAGGGAUCCAAUGGGAAACUGUUCAUUGACUGUCAUUUUAGAUCAUCAGUAAAAAAAGGGGUAACAAAAUAUGUUCAUCGUGAUGUUGAUGAGUUUCCAGAGUCUCAGCAUGAACAGUUUUCAGGACGAGUCCAGAGUGACAAAGACGUCCUCAGAGAAGGACGAAUCAGAUUAAAUGUGUCCAGACUGAGGACUGAAGACUCUGGUCUGUAUCUGUGUGACGUGAAAACUGAAGAUGGAUCCAGCAAUGCAGAAUGUCGACUCAGCGUUACUGCAGCUGCUGAUGUCUCUCCAGUCCAGAGAACGACCUUGGAUCCAGAACCAGAAGGUCGAGGAAGGAUCGGCCUCCAUGUUUCUCUGUUACUGACAGCAGCAGCAGCAGCACCGUUGCUCAGUGGGUCGAGGAAGGAUCGGCCUCCAUGUUUCUCUGUUACUGACAGCAGCAGCAGCAGCAGCUCUGAUGGUCAAACUUUUCCUGACUCUCAGUUCAAAGGGUUGAUAUGGAUGAUGAUCCUGUGGGCAGGAAGGAGCUCCAGUAGCAGUCUGUGUUGGACUGAAUAUGAAGAAGCCUCUGACUGAAGACUGUUGCUGUUUGACCAAAUCAUGGCUGCAUGUAUCAGACAGCAGAGAAAAUAGUUCACUGAAACACUGGAUGACAUCAUCAGGCUCCACAGUUUCCGCUUUGCUUUGCUUUGCUUUGUAGAAAAUAGCUAGGAUUACCAGGUAAUCCUAUCUGAUCCUUUGUUCCUCUAAAGUUCCAGACACUACAACACUGGAUUACCUGAAUAUCAGGUAUCUGAUCCUUUGUUUAAUCCUUUGUGUAGUAUGCCCCCAUGGACUUCUGGACUUCUGGGUUGACUUCUGGGUUCCAGUUCCAGUUCCAGACAGAUAUCAGAUACCUUUCUGUGGACUGCAGCAGGUCACGGGGCCAAACAAGCAUGGAUUGGAGGCACUAAUGCACAGGAGGAGAGCAUUUGGUUGUGGAGCGAUGGAAGCCGUUUCGACUACACACACUGGUGUUCUGGACAGAAUAAUAAAGAUGGAGGCAACCAGCGCUGUUUACAGAUAAACUAUUCAGGUGCAAAGUGCUGGGAUGACCUGGGGUCUAAUCACAAUCUGCCUUCUGUCUGCGCCAAGAAACCCUGAAAACUGUGAGGUUCCCAAAGAGGCCAGAUUUAAAACAGAACCAGUGGAGGGUCAGUGCUUUUUGUUUUUGUUUUCCUGCUUUCUUAACCUUCAGAAAACCCAAAGAUAUUUCUGCUUCUUUACUUCCUAUAAUUUCUCUCUUUAAUGCAACCUAGAGAAUGAAGCGACAAGCAAACAGCAGCUGGAUUGUCUCUCUGUAAUAAGAUCAGACUGAAUGAGUCAUUAGAAAGAAUCAUCUAUGCAAAACUUCUAUUCUUUGG